GGGCCGUUCCGGCGGCGCUCGGGCCUGUCCCAGGCUGGGCCGGGCCGGAGGCGGCAGAGCGGGGCUGGAACCGGGCGGCGGCGGAUGGGGCCGGCGGAGAGGCACUGGGAAGGGGGACGUAGCACCACGCACUGUUCCGGGCUGGAAGCCCCCCAGACUCCAAGAAAUCUGCUUCUUUUUUGGUGAAACGGACCCUGACCUCGGGUUUCCUUGCUGCAUGCCCGCUCACCAGUGCUGGAUUAUGUUUGUCUCCUUCUCCCUUUGCUCCAUAAUUUGGCUGAAUCGUGGUUUCAAGCUCAGGAAAAGGGGCUGCACCUAAAGUGCUCCAGGGCACCCGGACCAGGCUCCUGGGGUGCUGCUUCCCGCAGAGACAUUCAGAGUGCUGAUGGGGGAGAGCUGCCUCUGAGGACCCUCCUCUCCUGCCUGGAACGUGCUGUCUGACUGUUCAGAGCCCUUCUCACCCCUCCCACCCCGGCAGAGAGGAUGGGCAGCACCGAUGGCUUCCAGUACCGCGCGCUCUACCCCUACCGCAAGGAGCGCGAGGAGGACAUCGACCUGCUGCCCGGGGACAUCCUGGUCGUCAGCAAGGGGGCCCUGCAGUCCCUGGGCUUCAAAGACGGGGAUGAGCAGACCCCCAACCAGAUCGGGUGGAUCCUGGGCGUCAACGAGCGGACCAAGCAGAAGGGGGACUUCCCUGGCACCUACGUGGAGUACGUGGGGCCGGUGAAGAUCGCGGUCCCUUCUCACCGGCCCCGAGUGCAGAGGCCCCUGCCUGCCACGCCAGGGGCCAGUGGCUGCCCGCUGCCAGAGGCUCUGGAGCAAGUGUUCCCAGCGUUCCUGGCCACUGCCUGCCAGGACGGGGAGUCCAGCCUGGAACAGCAGGACCAGCUGGUGAAGGAGGACAGUGUGGAAGCCGUUGGGGAGCAGCUGAAGGUGUAUCACCAGCAGUACCAGGACAAGAGCUGGGAGUACGACCUGCUGUAUGAGGAGUACACACGCACUUCCCAGGAGCUUCAGAUGAAGAGGACGGCAAUCGAGGCCUUCAAUGAGACGAUCAAGAUCUUUGAGGAGCAGUGUCAGACCCAGGAGAAGUGCAGCAAGGAGUACAUCGAGCGCUUCCGGCGCGAAGGCAACGAGAAGGAGGUGCAACGGAUCCUCAUGAACUCGGAGAAGCUCAAGUCUCGCAUCACAGAGAUCCACGACAGCAAGAUGAAGCUGGAGCAGGACCUGAAGAAACAAGCCUCGGAGAACCGGGAGAUCGACAAGCGCAUGAACAGCCUCAAACCAGACCUCAUGCAGCUGCGCAAACUGCGGGACCAGUACUUGGUGUGGCUCACGCAGAAGGGUGCCCGGCAGAAGAAGAUCAACGAGUGGCUGGGCAUCAAGAACGAGACGGAGGACCAGUACUCCAUGAUGGAUGAUGAGGAGGAGCUGCCCCACCACGAGGAGCGAACGUGGUACGUGGGGAAGAUCAACCGCGUGCAGGCAGAGGAGAUGCUGUGUGGCAAGAGGGACGGCACCUUCCUGAUCCGUGAGAGCAGCCAGAAGGGAUGCUACGCCUGCUCCGUGGUGGUGGACGGUGACACCAAGCACUGUGUGAUCUACAAGACGGCGACGGGCUAUGGGUUCGCCGAGCCCUACAACCUCUACGCCUCCCUCAAGGAUCUGGUCUUGCACUACAAGCACACGUCCCUGGUGCAGCACAAUGACUCCCUGAAUGUCACGCUGGCUCACCCGGUCCUUUCCCAGCCACCAGCCAGAUGAGCAGCCCAUGCACAACACAACAGCUGCCUUCAGCUUCUCCCCAGGGCGCUGCUUUCUGGCUCUGGACUCUUGCACCCUGUAUAGUUGAGUCUCUGUGCUCCUGCUCCUUCAGAGCCUCUGAGAUGUCUGUGACCGUUCCUGGUGUCCCUCUUGGUCAGUAGCUGAAACCCGUGUUGGCUGAUGGGACAGAAAGGCUGGGCUGUUGAUUCCCAGCGGGCUCCAGCCUCUAGGAGGUGGGAUCCAGUUGUGAUUGAGUUGUUGGGGGCAAGCACAGCCCCCUCCCCUUCCCUGAUAAGCAGGUCAGAUCCCCUUCUUGCUGGCAGGUCGCCCCGCUAUGCAUCACUGUAGAGCUUGGUUCCCGAUUCCUCGGAGCUCUCCGGCUGGGACUGAGGGGCUCCCUGUCUGGCUGCUGGAGGAGGCAGAGGAGGAGCGUGUGCAUCCUUCAGCCUCGCUUCCCUCGGUGCUCUGGCAGGCUGUGAUGGUGUCUGGUACGAGGGCUGCUGCUCUUGCGUGCAGAGACUCAUUUAGGAAGGAGAAACCUCACCCUCCGUGGGGCUCCCCGGCCAAGGCCUCCCCACCUCACAGCCAUUCCCCAGUGUCAUAACCACCUCUGGAGUGUUGCUGCCUGGGCAGGGAGGAUCCAGUUAGCGACGGAUCUCUUGCCAUAGUUGUGCCAGCGAAGCUGUGAAACCCGUGUUUGGUACCCGUGUUUUUCCUGGCAGGAUCUGUGGGGAUGCACAGCUCGCUGUUCCCGGCCGGCUUCGGUGACUCCCUGCACACGUAACCCGUUUGAAGCUGGACUGUAGCUCUGUAAAUAUGGUUCUUUUUGUGA